AGCCCCUGCCAAGCCCGUCUCUCUCCCCUUGGCACACACUUCUCCACCGGCGACGCCCGCAGCCGCACCCCUCGCCUUACCGCCGCCGCCCCGCCGCCUCCAAUUUCUCUCCGGUAGGAGAGCACUGGAUCCCCCACGAGUAAAGCACCAGAGUAAGAAGCAAUAGAGAUGCCACCCGUCAUGGCAGACUACGAGCAGGAACAGGAGAUGGAGUUGGAGGCCCUGCAGGCCAUCCUCAUGGACGACAUCAAGGAGAUCGACCCCAGCGAAAGCGGGAUCGACACCAACUCCCGCUGCUUCGAGAUCCUGCUAUCCCCUCAGGAUGAUGAUUUCGACGAGGCAGCUCAUGUACCAGUUCAAAUGGCUCUGGUUUUUGCACACACUGAGAAGUACCCAGAUGAGCCUCCACUUGUGAAUAUCAAAAGUGUACGGGGUAUUAAACCAGACGACCUCACAUCCUUGAAAGAAAAGCUUGACCAAGAGGCAACUGAGAAUCUUGGUAUGGCUAUGAUUUAUACUCUUCUCGACUCGGCUAAAGAAUGGUUAACUGAAAAAUAUGGUCAAAAUGCUGGAGAUGAGGAACCUGACGAAACUGAAGAACCAGCAGAGGAGGUCAUUAUACCCCAUGGUGAAGCUGUUACUGUAGAGAGCUUUAUGGCCUGGAGGGAACGUUUUGAAGCUGAAUUGGCGCUGCAGCGUGCUAAGCUAAUGCCAGAGUCAGCUCUUACUGCCCCAAAGGAAAAGAAACUCUCUGGAAGACACUAUUUUGAAAGUGGAAGGCAUAUAACGAAAGGAGCAGGUACAGUUGCUGAAGAAGAUGAGGAAGAGGAGGAGGAGGAUAUCGAAUUCGAUGACGAUUUUGAAGAUGACGAGGAGGACAUGCUCGAGCAUUUUUUAGCAGAACAGACGGGGAAAUCGUCAGCUUAGGCUUGGACACUGUAAAAGGGAACAUCAUGCUGCGCAAAAUCUAUUUUAGGGAAAGCCCGAUGUGUUGACAUAUAUCAUAGAGCUCACUAUCUUUGUGUGUUUUCCCCAUCAUUCAAUUGCCUCGUGGCGACUGACGACGUAGCUGCAUAAAUAUCUAAAAGCCGAGGUAGCAGUGGGUCUCUCUCACUGAUCAAAUUUGAGGCGUUGAGCAUGGAACUGCAUCUGUGUAAUGUACUUCGUCGUGUAAUUUAUCGUGUUUUUCGUCCGGUGAACAUGUAUGCUUUGCAGAGAAUGUUAUAACUUCCGUUCUGUACGUGAAUAUUGUCAACGUGAUACUUCAAUCCAAGUUUACACCGGUAAUUCUUUCAGAUA